AUGGUACUGUACGCGAUAUAUGAUGUAAUAUCUGUGUGGUUUAUAAUGCUACAAAAAGAAAUGUAUGCAUCCAACAAGAAUAUCGGAACAAAAUUGUCAACGGCUGAGUUAGAUCCUCUUCCAUCGGAUUCAUUACUAACAAUAACAACAGCCACACGUACAUCAUCUCCCCUAGAAGAACAUCAAGAUCGAACAGUAACUUUAGGACUAGUAAUUUCUACACCCGAAAUAGAAUAG